UUUAUAGCAAACUCAUUUAAUACAGAGUUUUUUAAUAAACAAAAUUAAUGGUUCCUGCAUUGUAAUGGGAAUACUUGGACUUUUACCCCUUCUAAAAGACAUUCAAGUAAAAACAUCAAUUUCAAGUUUCAAAGGACAAACAGUUGGAAUUGAUGCAUAUUGUUGGUUGCAUAAAGGUACUUAUGGAUGUGCAAAAGACGUUGUUUUGGGGCAACCUACUAAAGUUUAUAUUCAAUAUGUUAUGCGAAGGGUCAACAUGCUUAUCAACUAUGAUAUAACGCCAAUACUUGUUUUUGAUGGUGGACAUUUACCUGCAAAAUCAGAGAAAGAAAAAGAAAGAAGGGAAAAACGUAUAGAAUACCGAGCACGAGCAUUAGAAGCACUAAGAAAUGGCAAUUCAAAAGAAGCAUUUGAAAGUUUUCAAAAAUGUUGUGAUAUCACACCAGAGAUGGCUGCUAAUGUAAUUCAGGCUUGCUUUGAGAUGAAUGUUCAAUGUAUUGUGGCUCCUUAUGAAGCAGAUGCUCAGCUUGCUUUUCUGAUGAAAAGUGGAAUUACGCAACUUACUAUUUCUGAAGAUUCUGAUUUGUUAUUAUAUGGGUGUAACAAGGUUUUAUAUAAGAUGUCUUCUGAAGGUGAUGGAAUGCUUGUUGAUAUUGACAACCUGUCAAAAGUUCGCUCUGUGCAGCUAUCUUCUUUUACUUUGGAUAACUUUCGUCAAAUGUGUAUGCUUUCUGGCUGUGAUUAUCUUCCAUCAAUUAAAGGUAUGGGACUAAAGAAAGCACAUCAAGCUCUGAAAAGACAUUCUAAUAUUAAACAGUGUAUACGUUCUUUCAAAUGUAAUCCACAGUACUCUGUACCAGAUGAAUAUGAAGAUAAUUUUCGUAAAGCUGAGCUAGUGUUUAAAUAUCAGUUGGUAUUUGAUCCUAUUCGUAAAUGUAUUGUCCCUCUUAAUGAACCUGAUGAAGAAUUAAAUAUUGAAGACACUCAUUAUUGUGGACCUAAAAUUACAGAUGAUCUGGCGUUAAACAUUGCUUUGGGUAAUAUUGAUCCUAUCAGUCACAAAAGACUUUUAAAUUUGACAGAUUUUGCUUCGGGUCCUGCAAAAAAAGUUACUCACCUUUAUCAGAAUUUUGACUCACAACAACAAUGGCUUGCAGCAUCUAAAGGUGAAUCAACUAUCCAAAAAAAAAACAUCAACAGUUCUAAAUUAAGAACACAAGAGAACAAGCCCAAAGAUUCUUUAUUUGGUCUUCCAAACAAAUCAACAACCAAAAGUUUAAAUCAAAAUAAAUGCAUUGUAGAAAAUGAUGAUUUAAGUUUAUCAAAAGAAUGCACUAUGAAGAUAGAAGCUAGUAAAUCUUUAAAGAGAUUAAGAAGUCCUGGAGAAAGUCCAAUAGAAAAAGAUAAAUGGUCGAUGUUGUAUGAAAAAGAUCUUGUAGAAAAUCAUGUUCAUCACCACAGUGUUUUCAAUUCUAAGAAAAACAUGCAUAAAUUCAAAAAUCCAUUUAGACAGGACAGCUACAAUUGUCAAUUGACAAAAAGCAGAUAUUUUAGUUCAAAUGCUCAAGAAACAGUUGAUAAGAAACAAAAGCUUGCAGAACCACUUUUAUUUGAAAGUGAUUCUUGUGAUAGUCUUUCGUGCAAAAGCUGUUCUUGUAAUAUCUUGUCCUCUAAUAGUCAGUCUUGCGAUAGCUGUUCUUGUGAUAUCUUGUCUUCUAAUAGUCAGUCCUACAGUAGCUGUUCUUCAAAUAGCCAGUCUUGUGAAACAAUGAUAGAAAAAGGAAUUGAGUUAAAUACAUCACAAGAUCUCAGCUCUCAAAAUGAUUUUGACAAUACAGAGUCAUCUAUUAGCUAUUACAAAAGAACUUUAAAAAUGGGAGAAUCAGUUCUUCCAAUAAAUGAAAAAAAUAUUUUUGCAAGUAAUUGCAAAGAUGCAAGCAUUAGUUAUUUGACUAAUAAAAAUUUGUCUGAAGAAUAUCAAGAGAUAGUUAAUUUCAAUAAAGAUUCAUUCCAAGAAAACGCAGUUGAUAGUAACUCUAAUAUCUUCAUACAAAAGUGUUUUACCAAAAAAAAAUUGAUUGAAGAGACUGCAACUAAAAAAGAUUUAAUUGAAGAGACAACUAGUAAGUUUUCUAAACAAACCAACUUUAAGUAUUUUACCAAAAAGAAUUCGUUUGAAGAAUGUGAAAGAAAAAACAGUUUUUCUGAACAGACUAAUGAAGCUUCUUAUUCACACAUAUCAAAAAUGCUAAAUUCAUUUAAAAGAGAUAAAAACAUAGUACUUAGCAACAAGUGUAUUGACCAAAUUAGCGUUGAUUUAACAGUUAAUGAAUGCUGUGAUGAAGAGCCAUUAAGUAUUUUAAAAAAUCAGACAGAAAAAGUUUCACCAAUAAAGAGAGUAUUUUCAUCAUCUCGCUGCAAAUCUAUUGGACUUAGUCGAAAUAAAACAAAAAAGCCUUCAAUGUCUAAAUUUUCAACUGAUUUUAGUAAGCAAACUAAAAUCAACUUCGAUAAGUUUGAGUUUCGUAGAAGCUUAACAAUAAAAUCAGAAGAUGUUUUGUGUGUUACAUAGAAAUAAUUAAAAGUUUGUUUCUGAAGAAUCUUGUUUGAAUCUUAUUUUCCUUUGUUACUAGUUGUUAUUUAUAAAGAGCUUUAUUUGUUUAUCAUGUAUUUUUUAAAGAAAAUAUUUUGUAGCAUGUUUAAAGAAUAAAUUUUUUUUUGAAUU